UCGCGAGGGUUUGUCUUAGUCACGUGACCGACAGCGUGAAACGUCAUCGCGCCGCGUCGAUCGCCAAGCGCACCGAUCUCUUCGCCACUAGCGAGCAUCAGCUGAUUGGCGCGCCAGUCUGACGUCGCGCGGAACACACGCGGCAUGCAGCCCUCGGUUUGUGUGCCAGCUGUUUAUCUCGCAUCGCUGCCUGUGCCGCCGCCGCCGCCAACUCUUGGAGAGGUCGAACAGUCUCCUAAAUCGACAAAGUCAGUAAAAAUUACAAGCACCUUAAAGCUGGGACAAGACGGAAGGAAGGUUGUAGUUCUUCCUCUCUGCGUCAAUCGACGCCUUGGCUUGACGCUUCGACCUCGAGGACUGGAGGUGGUUCAAAGUUCAGCGUUGUCGCCGAUGAUGUGACGACUUCUGGGAUGGAAGGAGAAGAAAGGUCGAGAGUUCACUGCUGUACAAGUCCUGUCUUGUGAUGGAUCUGUAGUAGCCGGGGUGGCUUCGUCAAGGAAACCCCGCUUGUUGCCUGGCGACUUGAGUGCUGUCAUCAACCACGACUGUGCAGCUGUGUGUUUACAAAGUGCGUGUCGAGGUCAUUAUGACGGAGUCAUCGAUAUUAUUUUGUCAUUUUACGGAAAUUAAGUGGAGACCUUCUUGGACAAGGGUGGCAAUAGACAGAUCCACUUCAGCUGUAGAAUCUGCAUCAGCCUUGCGCUCCAACAAAUUCCAUCGAUUUCCACGGAAACCCUGACAGCAGCCUGGAUUAAUCCAGAAUAUUUCAACAAAGAGACGAAAAGAAUGAGCCUUUUGUGACAGAAAAAAACACUAUUCCGAUCGUCCGAGGGAUCUAAAUUCUAAAUAUUGCUGGUGGUUAGGACCGUUAACGCAGAAAUUAAUAAAAAAAAGAACUUCGGGAAAAACAAGUCUGGUGUCUACAGCUAAAAGUAUAUUCACUUAGUCCUCUUUUUUUUAUUCUCGAAGGACGUAGGUCUUUGCAGAAAACCAAGAAACAUCUGGCAUUUGACAAUAAUAGUGUGAGCCUGUGGAAACCUAUUUCUAGUCUGAGAUAACAGACAAGCACGGUUUAUUCCUUGCUGAUAUUGCCAGACAUUGACAGAUAUCAGGAAGCUUUCACCAAAAAAGCAGGAUUGGAUAUUUUCAACCACAUACCGAAGACUUCAUGUUAGGAAUUUACAGAAAUGUCACGCUGUCCGCCAAACGCCAUCCUAUACCAUGAUGCAUCGUUGCAAAUGGUCUCGUCAAAACGAAGCUGGAAGGAAGUUGUUCCAAUGUCUUGUUAAUUUUUGGAUUGAAGUCAUGUUUGUCUGGCAGUAAGACAGAGCAACCCUCGCACAGCUACAACAUCAACCAACAUGUCGGCUGGGCUCCUGUUGCGCUGUCUUGGCAUCCUGUCCGUGUGCGGCGCCAUUGCGGCUUUGUCGUGCAGCUGGUCCAACGAAGGCUGUGGCAGGGACGACGAGUGCUGCAGCGGCUCCUGCUUCCGCGCGCACGAGGGGACAGACUUCCGGUGUCGUCACAGCUCGCUGGGAGAGCCCUGUGUCUUUGACUAUCAUUGCCGCGACGACCUGGUGUGCGGCAAGUACUAUAAUUGCUGCUCACCCUUCUGGAAGAUGUGCAUGACCAACGCCGAUUGCUGCGAGAAGGAGCACGUGUGCCGGCCGGCGGACGGCUUCAUCUACGACCGAUGUCUCAAGCCCGUCUCUGCCCUCGCCACCACGCGGGCAUCGGCUCUGACCAUCUUUGUGGCUGUCUUCAUGGCCACAGCGCUAUCAGCCCUUGUGGCGGACUUCCACUGGCUGGCCAGCUGACGGAGGUUGAUGGAGUCAUCAUUCUGGAGGACUAGAGAGAUGACGUGCAGGUUACUAAAGUUGUCUCCCUGUUCGAUGACUGCGCGUGCGCAAACAAGACAGAAAGAUAGGAGAAGAGUGGCAGGGGUGUGAAACUUUCACUUCUUCCACAAACGCGACAAGAAAAUUUUUUUUUUCUUUUUAACGAUGGUUUUCUCAAUGAAUCAGACGCCCAAAAAGAGAGAAAAAUCAGAGACCUCUGUCAGUCGAAUGCAUAUUUUUUCCCAAGGGUAGUGUCGUCAACAUAAAAAAGGUCAUUUUCAUAGCUGCUUAAAGGGUUAGUGGGGAUGAAAUUUUUUGUAGUCCUGAGUAAAGCUCAGUGCAAGAGAUUAUUUCUCAAAGUCUGAGAGAAUACACCCCUUACCGUUCCCAAAACCGCCAUUCUCGAGAUGCGCGCAUACAAACUUCAUCAUUCAUAGAAGUCGGUUACGUUUGUACACCUAAUUAAUAUUUGGUGCCAGCUCUUCUACUGACUGAGACCUUCACAGUGUAAACGUAUCCAUCAUCUUGACAUGUCUGUGUUGUUCUCCUCUUUCUGCGCAUGGUGAUGUUUGUAUUUCGAGAACGGAAGGAGGUGAGGAGGGGAACUAUUCACCAAAAUUUGAGGAAAUAAUAUUUUUAAAUAGCAUACUUUUUUUUCGUUGACCUUUACCCUAUCAUAAUAAAAUUUGUGUACCCCACUAGUCCUUUAAAGGAGGCAUCCCUCUGACAGACUGACUAAAUGAUUUAGUAGCUGCACGGCUGGUUGUUUUUGGUUGAGUCGAGGCCAAGGACCUUGAGAACAACCCAAAAGUUAUUAGCCAACUGUGAGCUGCUGAUUCUAUUAUUUCCGUUAUUUAUCGACUUUGUAUAAUUAGCAGGGAAAGUCACGUGACACAUUCUCAAACCUCGAUGUUACUUGACGAACCAAAGUGAUGUUUCGAUGGUGUUUGUUCACUGAACCAGGCUGCUGCGCUCUAUGGAAGCAACGUACACACGAACUGAACUACACUGCAUACCUCUGUUCACAUGAGUGUACGCACACUCGUAUCUUGCAGUGAACAUGCUACAGGGUGACGUGUCGCAGUACAGUAGCCUGCUUACAACCUUUCAUUCGUCACUGGCGCGCCUGUGGUUCUUCGUUCAUUGUCUUGUUCCUUCGUUUCAUUGAUCGUUCAAGUUAUCAAGUUUGUUCUCUACUUUGAUUUGAUUAUUAAUCUUUUAGUCCUUUUUUUUAAAGAUUUUGACAAAUUAAUAAUUUGUUUAUUUGUCUAUUUCUCUCCUCCCUCUGUGUGUGUUCGCCUUCUAUAUUCUCUUUAUAAUAAUCUGCAUCAGGCUUUGUAGGUUGCCGAACUGAAUGAAGGAAGGAAGAACGGAAGGACGGGGUGAGGAAGGCAAAUAGCUAUCGCUUUCUUCUGCUGUACUUAUUGUUAUUAUCGUCAACUGGCUCCACCUAACGACAAGUGUGUGGUGCUUCUGUCCCCUGGAGGCCGCAUCUGGAUCUACCUCGGACGGUCACGUGAUUUUAUUGGAUGGUCUGAUGGCUGAUCCUUAUGGCAAGCUUAGAUGUCUUCGUUGUCAUCAAUUAUUGUAUCCCUUCCAAAAUGUUUGUUUCCAGAAUGUUCUAAUAAAACAUUUGUUCAACAAA